AUGACUCAAAGUCAGUUCCAACCCGUGUGUUAUGUUGAUGCCGACUAUGGAAACAAUCUUGUGGACCGACGUUCAUACACCGGUUUUGUAUUUUUAUUGAACGGUACCCCUAUAUCAUGGGAAGCUCGCAAGCAGCGUACAGUAGCGCUUUCCACGACAGAAGCCGAGUACAUGGCUCUGGCGGAGGCUUGCAAGGAGGCUAUUUACCUCAAAUCAUUGUAUUGUCAUUUUUGCAACGAACAAUUCCCGACACCGGAAGCAUGCACCAUACAUUCCUACAACCAUUGGUUUGAGAACAAAACAUGCGAUCGAUGUGGGGAGCAGCUGCCAGAUGCCGAAAGUUUAAUGAGACAUAAAGGGCAGUUUAAAAAGAGUUUGUAUCCUAGAAAAUAUGUAAGAAGAACUGCACAUUUUGUUGCAAAGGAUGAUACGUCUACUUGGGAUAGUUAUAAAUGUAUUUGUCAGGUAUGUCACUUGUAUACUGAAGACAUUGCGACUCUUCGAAAACACGCUGAAGAAGUCCAUGUGAAAUGUUUCGUCAACAAAUGCUUCGAUUGUCUGUACGUUCCUCGUGACUAUAAGAGUUUUGUCAAUCAUGUCCUACAGCACAGACCUUGGUUGAAAAUCCCCUGCCCAUAUUGUUCCGUACCAUUCACAAGAGACAACCCACCCAGGAAACAUCUAAGGCAGCAUGAAACGGAACACGAAAAACUUUGCAACAAAUGCGGUCAAAUGUUCCAAGGCAACCAAUUUAAGGAGCACGUUCAAAAGUUCAACGUUCAAGGGCACAAAUUAAGAUUGACCUGCGAUGUUUGUUUCAAAGAGUUCAAUGCUAAGUCCAAUUUACGAGAUCACAAAGCAGUGAAACACGGACACAUAGACCACGCUCACAUUUGUGAAAUAUGUGGCCAGUCUUAUAAAGUUAAAGCCAGGCUCAGACAACACAUGAACACGCAUUUGCGUAAAAGGAACGUCUGCCAGUACUGCCAACUGUGUUUCCCAUCUCCAUACGCCUUAAAAAAACACGUCAAAACACAUUUAAACUUACAAGACCAGUAUAUCUGUGACUAUUGCGGUAUAUGUAUCAAAUCGAAGAGUCAUUUGAGAAGACAUAUGACAUGCCACACGUCUAAUAAAGAGAUGUACAAAUGUCAGUAUUGCGAUAAAACUUUUAGUCAAAAGGAGUAUAGGAAGACUCAUGAAUACUUGCACACGGGGAAAAAGACUUUUCAAUGUCAAAAAUGUCCCUUGAGCUUCACUAAUUGGGGCAAUUGCAACAAACACAUGAUAAGGCGACAUGGGAUAACCAUAGCUAAGACCAGAAGAACGACUGCGGGGCGGUUGAGGGUGAAUGAGACCGGAGACGUUGUUGAAGUGAAGGACAAUGUCAGGAAAUGGCUGAACGACGUUGCUUCGCAGGCUCCAUGUACCAAAAGGAAAUAAUUGUUAUCGUAAACGGUAUAUGGUUAAUGCGUCCAUGCGUCCCGCUUUCACCGGGACAGUCCCGCUUUUAGGCUUCAUGUCCCGCUGUCCCCAAAAUACUUAAAAGUGUCCCGCUUCCACAAAAUAAAACACACGUAACAAUAAAUUUAAAAAAAGGCGCGAUAAAUAAUAUCUAAAACCAGCCAACCAGGCAUCGAGCACCAGACAACACAAGAUUAGGUCUUUUUUAAAAUUUUUGAUUUAUUAAACAAUUAUAGUUUA